AUGUGGGCGCCUAGGUCCUACAUUUAUGGUGGAGUUUCUUAUCCAGCAUUAGCUUUUGCCUCCGGUUCGAACUUAAACAAAUGUGAAAGAUUAGCUAUCAAGGCCCUCAAAGUUGACGAACAAUGUAUGCAUGUUAGCUGCACCUUCGGCGGUGUUUGGAGUGGUGGUGGUGGUGGAGCAGGGCAGAAUAAUCUUUAUCUUGCUUCCUAUUUCUUUGAGAGGGCAGCAGAGGCUGGUAUUAUUGACCCAAGAGUGCCUGCUGCUAUUGUGCGUCCUACGGAUUUUCACGAUGCGGCUAAGCGAGCUUGUAAGACAAAUCUUAAGGAUGCCAAGCAUACGUACCCACAUGUCGAAGAUGGUAACCUGCCUUACAUCUGCAUGGAUUUCGUCUACCUGUUCAGGCUGCUUGUGGAUGGCUUUGGUUGCUCCAAAAGCACAACUUAG